AUCAUUAUUCAGGGAUUCAAGUCUUAUAAAGAUCAAACUAUAAUAGAACCAUUUAGCCCAAGACAUAAUGUUGUUGUCGGAAGGAAUGGUUCCGGCAAAAGUAAUUUUUUCGCCGCAAUUCGAUUUGUUUUGAGUGAUGCGUACACUAAUAUGAGUAAGGAGGAACGCUUAGCGCUUCUUCAUGAAGGAACAGGGCCGGCCACCAUGUCCGCUUAUGUGGAAAUAAUAUUUGAUAAUAGUGAUAAUCGAUUUCCA